AUGGGUUCGCUUCAGCCAGGGGUUCAGAGACUGCGACGAGACCAGCCACUGGAGGACUUCGUACGGGCGCUUGAGCAGGAUGGAUGCGUCAUCGUCUCAGAUUUCACGACACCAGAAGUCGUCAGCAAAGCCAAUGCUGAAGUCCAACCUUUCUUGCACGCGCAGGGACUCCCGGGGGCAAAAGUCGGCGCCCUAGCAGGAAAGACGCAAACCGUCAACCGACUCAUCGGGAGGAGCAAGACAGUUCGGGAAAAGUUCUUCUCGGACCCGCUCUAUCAAGAGCUUUGCGAGCAUUUCUUGGCGAUGGAGACGACGGCGUGGUAUGGUGACGAAGCGAGGACGAACAAGAGCCACCCGUUGCUCUCGAUUGCGAUCACUUUCGACAUCCCCCCUGGUACGCCGGCUCAGGGUCUCCACCGGGACGACAAGAAUCAUCACGCCCGGCAUCCGCCUACCGACCGGUACUACAACAACCGAGAUAUGCUACUAGGCCUCUUUGUACCAGGCUGUGAUACGUUCAAAGCGAACGGCGCGACAAGAAUCGUCCCAGGCAGCCAUUUGUGGGGAGAUGACAAGCCUGACUUCUCCACAAUCUCAGUGACAGAUGCGGAGAUGAAUGUCGGAGAGGCUUUCAUUAUGCUCGGUAGCCUGUACCACGGGGCGGGCAGUUAUCCUGAGCCGCUUGGAAUCAACUCAGAGAGCGGCAGGGAAAGUAGGACAGUGCAUGCCAUGUUUUCCUGUUCUGGAGUGCAUCGGCAGGAAGAGAUCAGCUUCUUAUCGUAUCCAAUCGAGGAAGUGAAGACGUAUUCGAAACUGGUGCAGGACAGAUUAGGAUGGAAGCAAAGCGAGCCGAAUCUCGGCUGGGUAGAUCUCAGAAGCCCAGAAUUUAUGCUUGAAUGA